UUAUUCUUCAGGAAAGUUCAGAACAGAUUGAAAGAAAUAUGAAAGUCAAUGAUUUUGUCAACUUAAUAUUUUUACUGUGCAUUAUCAUUAAUUACUCAUCGGGUGAACAGCUCCAAUGCGAUUAUAUUAAGCAUAGCGAUGGUUAUAAUUGUGAGAUGAGAAGUGUGUUUGAAGAAAAUAAAGAAAUUACAUCAGUAAUCGGUGAACACAAAUUUGGCAAAAAUGAUACUGAUGUGGAAGUAUUUUUCAUUACUGAUUCAAGUAAAACAAAGUUCGUCCCGACAAAAGUUUGUGGAGUUUUGACUAAAUUAACUAAAUUUGAUAUUUAUGGAACAACCAUAAGUGAAUUAAAGAAAGAAAUUUUUGAAGAUUGCACUGAUCUUAAGAAGAUUGUCAUUAAGUAUGUCAAACUUAAGACUUUGGAAGAAGAUCUUUUCACUAAAGUUGACAAUUUAGAAAGUUUUGUCCUAGGAUUUACUCAUGUUGAAAUUUUACCACAAAAGCUUUUUGCAAAUAACCAAAAACUUAAAUUCCUUGACUUGUCAUUUAACAAGCUUAAACAAAUAACAACGGAAUUCCCAAAUACACUCACAAUGUUAUCACUAAUGAACAACGAUUGCAUUGAUGGACAUUAUGACUCUCGAAGUUUGAGCGGUUCAACGACAAUAGACAAAUUAGUUAAGGACACGUACAGAAAAUGUGCACCCAACAAAACAUCAAUUAAUUCAAAUGAAACCUCGUAUGAAGCUAUUCGAGCAAGUAUAAUAGAAGAUCAGAUUAGUGAAAAUGAAAAUAAAUUAAAUGCUUUAGAGGCAGAUAUAGAGAAUUUGGAAGUCAAAAUGACAAAUAAAAUUGAAGAGAACUUAAGGACACUAAAAGCAUUCAAAUCAGACACUUCUGAUAAAAUUGAUAAUAUUAAAAAGGAAAUUACAGGAUUCGAAAAAACUUCAAAGGACCAAAGUGAGAAGUUCAUGACAUCUAAAAAUAAACUAGAUAAAGACUUGAGCAAUAUUAACUUGAAACUCGAGAAAAAUGAAGAUCUCAAGAGAAUGAGCGGGGAUUUAAGAGCCGAAAUUAACCGUAAUGAAAAUCUUUUGGUAACAUUAUUCUGCUUUCAACUGGUGAUGAUUGCAGCCGCAAUUUUCUUUGGAGUUUACAAAAAUUGUUAUUACAAUCGAAAUCAUGGAGCCAGACUGGUCAAUGACCAAACCAACCCUAAUUUUUAAUUAUAAUAAAGACGCUGUUUAAAAAUUAUUGUUUUAUGUCUAGAUCAAUAAAUAAAUAUUUUCAGUCAUAAUAA